CAUGACUAGAAUCUUGCAAUCACCGAAAGCCUAGCCAGGUCCAGUAUCAUAUAUACAAUGUCUGUAUCUUCCCGCAGUGACACCUCAAUCGAGCUGCGCACCCUGAGGACACCCCUACAAGACACGCCCAUAGACAGAACCCUGCAAUUCAACCUCCUCAAGGCCCUUCUCGGGCUCAACGUCUCCGAGACCGAACUGAAACGCAUAGAUCUCUCUCCUUUCUUCAAAUUCUACGCCGAGCGGUGCGACUUCGCACUCACAGACAGAGGCCACUAUGUAUCUUGCAAAACGCACGAAGAUCUCAUCUCCAUCGCCAAAUGCAUUCGACACGGCCAUACGCGCGAGGAAAUUCAAGCCAGACUGAGACUUGAGUAUGCGAAUCCCUCAGAUCAAGAGCAAGACCACGGCCGGCGUUUUGUUCAAGUUCAAGACGAUGCCAUCAACGGAUCGAUUGAUCUCGCCGCUGGGUUACUGACUAUGAUUGGGAUCGGGAAGCCCCGGUUUGGGUCGCUAGGGUAUGAGGUCAUGGAGUGGAGGACGGGGCCGUUUGGGGAGUUUAUUAGGAAUUGGUUUGACGAGCAGAAGACGCAGACGGGGGAGUAUGUACGCUUCGAGAGGUCAUUUCACGCGCUGAGCUUGGAGGUAAUUGCCGGGGUGAAGAUUGAAUGGACAUAUAAUCUAGUCGACCAUCUCAGACUCCUAGAUGCAGACGACGAUCAACACGAGUCUGUUGUUCAGAUCUUCCACUGUGCUAGCUUUCUACAUCUUCAGAAAUACAGAACCCACCCCCUCCUACCCCCCUCUCUCAUCGACGAAACCCUCCAAACAAUCGCCCUCCUUCUACCCCGCGAAGACGAAUCCGUGCAAACCUGGUACCGCAAAAUAGAAAAACAGCACACCCUGGACCCCAGCGCCAUCAAACUUCCCUAUCUAAAGCGGGAGCAGCGACGGAUCGAAAAUUUUUCGUUCUGGCGAGAACGCCUCAUCAUACUAAAGCAGUGUUAUGACGAGUCCGAGCCGAGGGAUAUUCGGCAGUGGUGGUAUGAUAGAAGGAAGGGGGUGCAGUGGUAUACGUUUUGGGUUGCGAUUUUUGUGCUCCUUCUGACGCUGUUUUUUGGGCUGGUGCAGAGUAUCGAGGGCGCGUUGCAGGUUUAUAAGUCUUAUCAUCCUACUCUGUAGGGGGAGAGUGGGGAUGGUUGGUUGAGAGUUGAGAUGGAAGGAUGAUGAGACCAUGAUUAAGCAGGUACAGUGCAUGAUUCUGACAGUGAGACCAAGAACCUAAGUACAUACAUAUCC